CUGGUUGCAGCUGAUUGAGUUGAAUAGGACUCCUUCUCUGACUAUGAGGGAAUAGGAGUGCCUCUUUAAUAGCUCUUAGCAACGCCCCUGCUUUGACCCUACUCGACUGAGAGGGAAAUCAAAUCAAUACAACCCCCUCCGAACCACAAUGCUUCCACAGCAGCAGCACCACGACCAGCAGAGCAUCACAGCUGCCUUUGUCUCGUCUUAAAUUUGAUCAAGAUUUCUUCCUUUGAUUUGGAUUCGGGUUUUGGAUAUAGUUAAUUGCUGAAAAAAAUCUUCACGUGCCUCGCUGAAGGGAUCUUCUAAAUUGUUCUAGAUGGCCAAUAGAGGACCAAGCUAUGGCUUAAGCCGAGAAGUUCAAGAAAAGAUUGAACAAAAAUAUGAUCUAGAACUGGAAAGUCGUUUAGUGGAUUGGAUUAUUAUACAAUGUGGUGAAAAUAUAGAGCACCCCCCUCCUGGAAAACAACAUUUUCAGAAAUGGCUAAUGGAUGGAAUACUGCUCUGCAAGUUAAUAAACAAUCUUCAUCCCAAGGGAAAAGAACCUAUUGCAAGAAUCACAGAAUCAAAGAUGGCUUUCAAACAAAUGGAACAAAUUUCUCAGUUCUUGAAAGCUGCAGAAAACUAUGGAGUACGAACAACAGAUAUCUUCCAGACAGUAGAUUUAUGGGAAGGAAAAGACAUGGCUGCCGUGCAAAGGACUCUAAUGGCUUUAGGCAGUGAAGCUGUUACAAGGGAUGAUGGAUGUUACAAAGGGGAUCCCUCCUGGUUUCACAGGAAAGCACAGAGGAACCAGCGAGGAUUUUCUGAAGAGCAGCUUCGCCAAGGACAGAAUGUCAUCGGUCUUCAAAUGGGAAGUAACAAGGGAGCUUCCCAGUCAGGGAUGACAGGAUACGGAAUGCCAAGACAGAUCAUAUAGUUUAAAACCACCUUUAACUUCUCACACCCACUUGGUAGCAUGGCUGACUGAAAACCACAUAGCUCAUUAAUGUUCAUGCUGAGAUCUGCUUCUAGGUUUUUUCUCUAAGCUUAUGUAUGUGUGUGGGUGUGUGUAUGCAAAUAUAUACAUGUGCACACAUACACACAAUCUUUCAACUGAAAUUGUGGAUCUGUGUGCUUGUUGCGUGUUAGUUCACAUAGCACGCUGACACCAUAUGAUGUUCAUUUUCGAACUAUGCAAAGACUAUUUUUCUGUAUUUAUUUGCAAUUUGUUAUUUUCUGUACCCUUGUCUUAUUGAACUGCCUAUAACUUCUCAGUCCUUUUCUUCUCUACUCUAUCCUACUUUCGUCUUCUAAAAAUAAAAAUAAAAUGGGAUGAAUAACUGCAAAGAUGUAGGCUGGAUAUCUCUUUUGCAGUAUCUCUAUGCUCUCUGAAAUAAAUGUUUUAAAAGGAGAGUGAAUAUGAUUUGCCAAUAUACAGACAUAGAGAGAGACACAUGGUUUAGCUGAUCAAAUGUGAUUGGGCAAAAAGUGUCCUAAAUCAGAAUCAGAAUUGUAACCUAAGAAGAAGGAAGAUCCCCAAUCCAAGAAAAAUCAUUCCAGAAAAAGCUGUAGAAUCAGAGGAAGAAUUUGGACAAUCAAAGCAGGACAUUGGUGGGAAGUAUGAUGUUUAUUGGUUCCAGUCAUAUUCUGCCUUCAACUCUUGAAAGCCAGUUUUUCACAUGUAGACAAAGGCCUGAUCUAUUAUAAGGUUUUUUUUUAAGUACCCCUUUAAAUUUUGCUGAUUUAUGCUCAACCCCACUACCAUACUUUCUUCUGAAUACACUUACCAAAUGUUUAGCUUAAUCAAAGAAUAAUUUGGUUAUCAAUAGCCAUUUGGACCAAUUACUUAUAUAUAUAUAAAACAGAUGAUUUUGACAUGGAAAAAACAAAACAUUUCAUUUAAAUUAUAACCUUCUCAACUAUUAUGGUUAAGGGAAGCUUAUCCUACCAUUAGUCUUCAGUCUAAGAGUCUUUGGGUAUCUUUUAUUUAAAGUUGAAGGACAUUUAAAAUAUUAAAAUGAAUAGGAUGUUUGCAUAAUUUAUUCUAUAUUAUUUUGCCAUUGAAUUCGCAUGUUACAGCUUUAUUACUAUCAAGUAAAAGGACUAACACCUUCCCCUGCCAUUCAUAAACUAAAAUUUAUAGCAUCUUUAAAUCAGAAUUAAGCUGAUUUAAUCAAUGCUUUUAAUUGGAAUGGGCUUCCCAAGUUCUUCAUUGGUUCUCAAACCCUUUUUUAUAUUCUUCAUUGGUUCUCAAACCCUUUUUUAUACCCUAUGGUUUUCUUCUUGUAUCAGAAGUGUCAAACUUAACUCAGAGGUGGCUGCUGUUUGGGGAAUGGCAAAACAAAUAGAAAUGUACAGUGCCCAAAUAUUUAACACAGUAGUUCAAAAAAGAAGCACACGUACUUGUGAAAAAUACAUUAUCACCUUAUUUGUAUUUGACAAGAUUCUGUUCUGUGUAAUUCUCCUACUCUCUGUUAUCCUUUGUCUACCCAAAAUAUUAAUUGCUUACAAUGAGCAUAUUACUGCUGGCUUAAAUACAUUCAGAAAAUUAUAAUGCACUCAGUGGGAUUCUGUUUAAUAAAACCUGCAUCAAGCUUGAUUAACAUAAAGGGUUAACUUUUAUAAGAGAAAUUGGGUCUUGACUAUUGGGGGAAGAGGAGUUCAGAAUGCUUUACUAUGAUGAUCUCAUUUUAUGCUUUGCUUUUGUGAUUGCAUAAGUUGAUGUUACUUGUCUUAUCAACUUACCUUUUGUAGUAGUUUUACAUUGAUGCUCAGGUAUUCUCAUUCUUUUCUCUGGAACUUGAAAGGAUGAUGAAGAUAGAAAUAUCCACUCCAGCAGUACCCUUUUCCCAGCCAAGGCUAAGGUAUGGGAAGUGUUUUGCUUUUUGCAUCAAGAGUAUGACUAUUAUGGCAACAGGAUCAGGACAUUUACACCUGCUUCUAAUUAUUUAUGGUUGUAGGAUUCUAUCACCUUCUUUUUCACUUUUUACUUUUGUCUGCUUUCAGCUGAACUCAUCUAUAAUUAUAAUAGGCAGGAAAUAUAAUGAACAGAAAUCCAAGAUGUACAGUUAUCCCUUAAAUAGGUGCUCAGGAAUACAAUAUUAGAUUGGUAUAUUGUUAUCAAAUCUGAUUGAUGUUUGAUGAUAGUUGUUUAUGCUGAUAUUAAAUGAGUAACAAAAAUAACAUUAAAAUUCUUCAUUCUCAGCCUUGUUAUACUUUCCCACUCAAAGUAAUGUUGGAAAGAAAUUAUGUAAAGGAGCCCAGAAAUCAUCCAUCUGUCAAUCCAUCAUUCUGAGAUUUUGCUGAAAACUGAAUCAAACAGUAGCAAAUUUGGUGUAGGAGAGAAGUUGGCAAAAGAAAUUGUGUCCAAAUGUGUAUCAAAUCUGGCUAGGGACUCUGGAAAAAUAUUUUAUCAUCCUCAUUAUCUUUAUUAUCAAUAACAACAACAUCUUCAUCAUACAUAAAAAAACUUUCAGUGCAACAAUAUAAUAGAGCUGGACAAUACCUCCAAUUCUGUUAAGCUCUCUAGUCUUAGUCCUCAUCCUUUCUUCCUUCUGGCUAUGUGACUCAAGAGCUAAGACUAUGCAAUUUAUCACAUGCUAUUCACCACACACAUGAUGAAAUAUGGAUAGAGUGCAGAAGCACCCAGAGAAAUGUAAUAUAUUACAUGUAUCUCCCAUGGCCAUUGCUGGUUGAGAAGUUGAAAAUAAUUCCAAAAGUCAUACUCUGAAGCUGGGUUGAAUUCCAUGCACAUCAAAGCUUUUCCUUCCCUUCCCAGAACUUAACCCUAACCCUAAUCCUAACCCUAACCUCAGCCCUAACCCUAACUCUAAUGGCUUAACACAACUUAUUCAUGUCACUUAACAAAUUUAAUAUAGUUAAUUAAUCUAUGGAAAUAUAAGCAGGUCUCUGAUAAACUCUUCACUAAGACAAAACAUUUCCUUUUGUUUACAUUUGCCAAUGGAGCCCAAAGCCGUUAGAAAUAUCUAAACAUACUAGACAACUAUUAUCUGCAACAGUCUUAUUUUAUAUGCAACAGUCUCAUUUAACUAGGACGUCAUCUGGAAAUAGAGCAAAAAAAGAUACUCUCGUACUUCUCCCUGGAAGAAGCUUCUUAACUUGUACUCAUAGACCCCGUCUUUCCUCUGAGUAAACUAAGUAAAGAAUUCCUCAAACUGGACUCAGCUUCUGGAGAGAACUUGGACAGUUUUAUGUAUUUUUCUAAGCCAUAUAGAGCACUUUAUCAUCACCUUCUGUGAUUUUACUUUUUAUUUUAUUUAUUAGUAAUAACUAUUUUUAAAACAGGUGGAUAAUAGCUUUGCUUCGUUUUACCCUUCAAUAUCAAAGAUAGGGAUCUGAUUUUAGGAGAAGAAAAUGGUAAUUCUUUUCUCCUUGCCACUUUAUCACAUUUUGGAUUGAGUUAAAUAAUUUUGAUGGUGGAAUGUUUCAAGUUAUAUUUUGGAUUCCUGGUGAAUUUAACUUCUAUUAUAUUAUCCUUGUCUAUUUAAUUAGAUACCACAUUUUAGGUAUGGCCAACAAGAGUUCUGACUGAGCAUUUGUAAUUUCUAGUAAAUAUUCCCUUAGAAGAAACUGCUGCGAACAAAUUGUUGAAGAAUUAGGCUUAUCACUUCAUUGUUGGAAUUAUUGGUCUUUUAAAUUUUUUAUUCACUAUAAGCUCACGAUAGCAAGAAAGGUGAUUUAAAUUUACUUUUUGGGAUGUCUGAAAAUAAACAACUCUUAAAUAUGCUCUGACUUUAUUAGUUGCAUAGUUUUCAAGGCUCACUACAUUAAUGCCAACAAUGCAAGACUACAAUAACUGAAAAGUUCAAUUUAUAGCAGCCAGAUAUGUGUUUGUGGCAAUGGGCAUGCUGGCUGAGUUUAUGAAAUAAAUGACAAAUAUGAGUUUUUUAUUUUAGCAAAUAUUUUGCAAAUCGAGCAGAGUUGACAAUUUAGGUUCAAUUUCAGUAUUCUGAGUUUCUUCACAAAAAAGAUUCUUCACUACUACAGACUGAACUGCACAAAUAUAAGAAUUGAGAAAUAAAGGAGAUUUUGAAACUAUUUUAAACUGUUACUGCAUAGCUUAUUAGCAAUUGGGACAGUUUUACUUAAAGAAUUAUUUUACCCAUUCUUCCAAAUGAAUGGAUAUGGUAAUAUUUAUGAUUAGACAUAUGGUUUGUGUCCUCACCACAAUGCGGUUGUUUGGGGCAAUAACCUUGGGUCUCUAUGAAUGCAUCAUCUGUGACCUUCAGUAAUGUUAUAAAAUAAAGAUCUGAUCCUAUGUUCAAGCAGCAGAAGUAAUAGAUAUAGUUGCAAUUCAUUUAAUGGUAUGAUAUGACCUUUGUUUCUAAUUAGAUUUGUCUGGCAGGACUUCUUCGCUGGAAACAUCUUCCAGAUGUUCUUGUAAUUUAUUAAUUCUAAUAGAAAGGAUAGUAGCAGAAAAAGCAUUAUGUUUCAUAGUUGAGGCCUGCUAUAUAGCAUACUCUUUCUCGGCUGAAUGUUUUCUGUGUAAGCUGACCUCUUAGUGCCAUAUUUCAUAAACAACAUGGGUGCAUUGGUUGACAAUUAAAGCUAUUAGGCUUAAUAUAAAAAUUACACUACUGCAAAGCCUGUCAUAAUGUAUUAUUCAUGAAAUAUAUCUGUUUAAAAUAAAAUUCUAGAAUAAGCAUACAAUAUUUGGGCUACAGACAUAUGGCUGAACGCUAUAUGGUGGCAAAGCCUAUAGCUUUCUAUAUCACCUGCUGGCAUCUAAUCAGAAGGAGUCUGAAGGCAACUUUUUCAACUAGCACAUUUUAUUAAAAGGCAUAUAUUUUCAUCAGUCAUUCUAUUAUAUCAUUAUAUCAUAAAUAUGAGUCACUUGACAAGCAUCCGAAGUUUGAUCACAUGACCAUGGGGAUCAGUAGUGGGAUUCA